CCGAACUUGCUCAUCUUCAACCUCGACGACGCCGGCUACGGCGACCUCGGUGCGAACGAGGGCUCGGCGCUCGCGCCCGGCGACGCGCCGCAUUUUGAAGCGCUCGCGGCCGAGAGCCUCCGGCUCACGGACUUCCAUGCCGCGGCGUCCGUCUGCACGCCGAGCCGCGCGUCGCUCUUGACGGGCCGCUUCGGCAUGCGCUUCGGCCUCAUCGCGGUACUCGUCCACGGCGACAACCGCGGGCUGCCCUUCUCGGAGCGGACGCUGCCCGAGAUUUUACGGGACGGCGCGGGCUACGCGAGCGCAAUGGCGGGCAAGUGGCACCUCGGCAACGGCGACGCGCACCACCCGAGCCGCCACGGCUUCGACGAGACGCUGACCAUGCCCUGGAGCCACGACAUGGGCUGCUUCGAGCCCUGGCCCUGCUCCUACGGUGCGGACGUGACGAAGACUCUUCGCGCACGCGGCGCUGCGUUUGUCGUCGAGCAGCCCGCGGCGCCCUGGCGCCUCGGCGCCAAGUACGUAGCCUUCGUCCGCGGCUUCGUGGACCGCGUGACGAGCAAGCGGAGCCACGCGCCGGCCUCGCCCGGCGACAGGUACCGCCCCUUCUUCGUCUACGUGGCCACGCACGCGCCGCACGGGCCGUGGCUGCCCGCGCCCGAGUGGCAACGGACCCCAGCGAAAAUGACGCGCGAGUCGCCCUUUGCGGCCUACCUCGACACGAUGGCCGAGGUCGACGCGACGCUCGGCGGCGUGCUUGGCGCCUUCGAAAACGUGAGAAACGACACGCUCGUCGUCGUCACGAGCGACAACGGACAAUUGGAGAAGAUGACGAGGAACUUCCGCACGCGGAGCAACGGCCCCUUCGCCGGCGGCAAGUUCAGCCCCCGGGAGGGCGGCCACCGAGUCAUGGGUCUGUUGCGGUGGCCGGGCGUCAUCGAAGCGGGCGUGUCGCACCGGCUGACGUCGCAGCUCGACCUGCUGCCGACGUUCGUCAACCUCGUCGCGCCGAAGGCGCUCCCCGCGGUGGUCCUCGACGGCGAGGAUCUAGGGCCCUGGCUCUUCGGCGACGAAACGGAGGCGAACGAGACG